AUGUCGACAUUUGAAUGGCGACCCAACAACGGCAGCGAUGCCGUCCAGGAGACGACGACGGAGUUUGAUACUCUAGAAGGUUGUUUGUUUGCUUGCUCUGGAAAACAGACCACGAUGAACCCCUCCUUGACCAUGAUACCACCCACGCCCAUUGCGGCCGAAAGCUUCAACAACGGCGUCCAGCCCACAGCUGGUGAUGACCUGUCUCCUCCCAACGCUGUUGAUGCCAGCAAAAUGAAUGGGAUUGCCGUCCCUGUGUCUGCCACUGCCGGCUGGUCCCAAUCUCCUCCAAAGACUGAAGGUGUCUACCCCAGUUGUGUCUCCUAUGACUUGCGUCUUUUGCACGAUGAUUCUCUCGAAUUGGCAGUCUCUCUGGAGUACACCAAUCCUCGUCCCAAAGAAUCCAUGAUGGUCAACGUGGCCGUGGCCAAGACUUUGGUCAACGCCGAAAUGGGAACAGAAUUGGCAUUGGUCGCCACGCAGUUUCAAGAAUUUGUACAAGAUAAGUGGAUCGAUAUCACGGCCGACGUCGACUACACCCAGACUGCCAAUGCUGUCGUGGAUGCUGUCCUGAGCGAUCCCAAUGCGGGACAAACGGCUGGAAAGGCCACCGUGACGGCCAAGACGGUGGAAUUGACUUUGGGGCCCUUUGUCGCCAAGGCGCGCCUCAAUCUCAUCUUUCAAGCCGACCAAUUGUACACGUACGAGGCCAUGAGCGUCCGAGACGACGCCGCGGAUAUCGGAACCCAUCGAUUGCUGCCGCUCUGGGUGACAUUGCCAUUUGCUCCCGUCCAUCACGAAGCUGGAUUGUCCAAUCUGGCAGUGCGCCUGCAGGCGCCUCCGGGCACAUCGGUCUUGCCCAUGGAAGAAUUCCGCGAAGCCUACCAGGAUCUCAAACAGCAAGAGAUUAUGGAGGCCAUCACGGUCCUGGCAGUGUCGGAUCUAUCACCGCAACCCAUCCAGAGGACUGUGGGAUUUCAGUUCCGAUGGGAGAGUCUUCCGUUCCGGUCGACUGGAAUCUUGGCGUGGUUGGCACUGCCCAAUCCAGUGGAAGAUCCCUUUGAUUUUGUCCACAUUGGACGCAGUUUGGCAGAAAUGACAGCAGAAAUGACAGCCGAGUCGCACAACAAGAACAACCUCAGAAAGGAACAAACGCAAGCAAGGAUUCAAGUGCCUACAGCAGAGGACGUCUCCUCUCUUCAAGUGCCGCUUCCUGGACACGGUCCCAUGGGGAGUUUGUAUCGUGUCAAGGUCAAAAUGCCACAGGCACAACCAAGACAGCAGCCUCUCUUUAUUUUGAAUCUGACGCUCUCGGACCGCUCCGGGUCCACUUCGAUGCGGGUUCGAAGCAGCGACGGCGCCUCGUCGGCUGUGACCAUGCGGCAACGAUUCAAUGAGCUGGCCGAAGUACGCUUCUUGAAACGUCUCGAGUCCAUCCCUGCGUUGGUGCAGGCUGGUGUAUUGCAAAUGGAUGAUGUCUGGAUGGAUGCCUUUUUGGCGUUUGAUAGUGCCGCUCCCGCAUCGUCCAUUCAUCGCGUCGUGAUCCGUGUCCGCAAUGUCCAUGACCACAUUGUCGAAGUGGUCCAAGCUAUUCGCGACAACAACACCGCGGUGGCAACCAAUAAACUGCCCAUGAUCUUCCGUCAUGUCCAGGCGCUGCGUGGGAUCAGACCGGGCGGUGCCACCGAUUUCUCCGUGGGGCCAAGGACACUGAUUCACUCGUAUGCUCAGUGGAAGAAGGAAGCGCAAUCGUUGUUGCCUGCUGGUAGUGGAGAGACAAAGCCUUGUACCUUUGUCGAGUUUGACACUGACGGGGGCCACAACGGAGCCCCCGGUUAUCUGGACAUCAUUCGCAGCUUUUGCAAGGCCUACGACGUCAGGGAUGGGGUUGUGACUGGGUUUGGUUCCUGGCUCAACCAGGACUGUGCCAGCAAAGUAGCCAAGGUGUUGGGCUCGUUGCCCGCACUGCUGUCGCUACAGGUGCCCCAGACCGGUUCCGAAGGCUUGGACAAGGUAUUCCGGACUGGCUUUUCUGCGUGGAUUGGGGCGCUGCGGCGUCCUCCAGCUUUGACCUUGAAAGUCUCUGCGGGAUGUGUUUCGUUCGCGUCGGGUGCUUCCUCUCGCAAUGCCAAUGCCGUGGAGUUGUUGGCGGUGAGACGAGUCGGUGAGCGCUUCCAGCCAAUGGUCGCCUUCGGACCUCCCGAUGUGUCGGACGAGACUUUCACCAAGGCUGUCGUCACAAAUGUGCCGGCGGGGGAGGAGCUGCUCUUGUACUUGGUGUCUCGGCUUGAUGGCCCGGCGGAGCUGGCGCAGCGAUUGGAGAUCCUGUCCGGCGUCGAAGGCGCCCCUUCCGACGCAAGAACCAAAGGACAAGUUGAGAACGAGGAAGAGGCAAAGAGAAACAGUUUUCUCGCGUAUGAUUGGCUAAAGAUGCUGACAACUCUGCCGGGGAAGGUAGACACCCUGCAGCACGCACCGCUCAUGUCGACAAGCCUUGCUUCUCGAUUGGAAGAUGAAAUGUCGUUCCGCUUCAACAUUGCCUCUCCUUCGGGGAAAACGUCGUUCCUGGGAAGGUGCAAGACCGUGGCAAACAGGGCGCCGAUUGACGCGGCCCACCAACCAGGCAAGCCCUCCUGCCCUCUUACUGUGGAAGCCCCUGCAUCGGGGCCAAAGCGUCAUCGCCACAAUGGCCCGCUUCUGAAGGGCCGUAAUCGGGGACGUGCGGGAGGACGUGCGGGGGGCAGAGGAGGAGGAGGCGGGAGAACCUCAGGCCCACCACCUCCGCCUGGUACGCUCUAUGCCUCGCGCGGGCCUCCAAUGCCUCUAGCCGCGGCGCCUGCAUUCCGAUCUUCCGCUGCACCGCAGCCGCCUGCAGGUACGACGGCUUUUGGAGCGCCGGCGGCAUUUUCAUCUUCGGCUCCGUCUCGGCCUGAUGGUUUUCACUCUUCUGCGUCCGAUGCUGGGUUGCAGAUGAAGUAUUCUGCUUCUGUGGGCCCGUUCGCCAACCACCGGGUUAGCCUCACCAUGGACGAUGACGUGGGAGAGGAAACGACUCGCCGCGUUGGCGUCUUAGCGAGUUUCCCGCCCAGCAACAUAUCCUUUCAACCACCUCCGAUGACGGGGGCGAUGGCCCCGCUGGCCGCAUCGGCUUCCAUGGCGAGCUCGUCGGCGAGAAGCUCGCGGAGGCACAAGUGUUUGGCGAACUCGACGGAGCGACGGAGGAGGGCAUCAGUGACAAUGCCUUCGGCCUGCAAUGCAACCCAGCCAACCCCGCCACAAAAACCGAAAGAACCUUCGUGGAUGGACGCCUUGGCUGUGCCUGUCGGUUCCAGCAAACCACUGACAAAUCAAGGCUACGAUGAAUUGUUGCAAGCCAUGAACGAGGUUGUUCACGCUCGCCGGCGACUGGAUUUGGAUCCAAGAGUUAACUUUGUGUGUGACAUUUGCACCCGCCAGUUUGCGCCCGGCCAGGCACGUUAUCAUUGCUAUGAUUGCCAAGACUUGGAUGCUUGCGCGAACUGUCGUGGCCGUCAUAAUAUGGCCUUCCACAGAAUGGCGUUGAUAAACCCGUCAGCCACCCCAAGCAGCACGGUUUCGUCGGAAGACCCGUUGGUGGGCAGUUUGUUGGGGUCGAAUCCCGCAGCCUCCGCGUCUGAUUUGCUGGCUCAACCUCUCGAGGUGGAUCAGACCGUGGAAUGGAGCAAGCGCCGGGUUGCCAGGUUUCUUCUGGCGGUUCUGCAUUGGUGGCCUGUAUUCCGUGCGAGCUGCGUUUUUCGUGAAAAGCUUCCCGCUGGUCUCAAUGCGGAAAUGGCUCAGAGGAUUACCGACUGCUUCAAUAGCGAAGAUAUCCAGGGACAGAUGGACACACUCACCGUCAUCGUGGAUUCCUUGAUGCGAGAAGAAAAGACCCACGUCCAGUCGUUGUCCUCCUGGCUGGAUGGAGACCAAGGAAGUGUUCUUUCGCCAAAUGAUGACUCUUUCCGAUCUGGGGACAGAAGCUACUUUUCUGGAUCUCAGUCUCAGUACUCUCAGGGUGGCUCAAUCGAGUCUGGCUCUGUGGGCAGUCGCAGCCAUUUGUCAGGCAGUGACAGGGGUGCUUCCCCGGCUUAG